AUGACCGGGGCCCAGUCCCAGGGCUUGGUCCUGCAGCCCGUCUGGGACUACCUCCACCAGAACCACCAUGACCUCCUGAGAAGCCCUCUGUGCCCCGUGGUGCUCUCCGUCACCACCUACUUCUUCGUGGUUGGUCUUUACACGCUGCUUGACCUGCUGGCUCCCACCUGGCCCUGCAUUAACCGCUACAGGCUCCAUCCUCACAGAGCCGUCACCUGGCCCAACAUCUGGGAUACGCUGGGAGUCACCAUCUACAACCAUCUGCUGUACAUCUUUCCCGCUGCGGUGGCGCAGUGGCUGUGGAGGCCGCCCAGCCUGUUGCCCUGCGAGGCACCCACUCUCCGGAGCUUCUUCCUGGGCAUCCUGGGCUGCACGCUGGUCUUUGACUUCCAGUAUUACCUGUGGCACCUGUUGCACCACCGGAUACCGUGGCUGUACCGCACGGUCCACGCCGUGCACCACCAGUACAACCAGCCCUUCAGCCUCGUCACCCAGUACCUGUCUGGAUGCGAGUUAUUCAACUUGGGAUUUUGGGCUACAGUAGACCCCAUCAUGCUCCAGUGCCACUGCCUCACAACAUGGGGCUUCAUGGUCUUCAACAUCUACAUUUCCACCGAGGACCACUGCGGCUACGACUUCCCGUGGGCCAUACACAACCUGGUGCCCUUUGGCCUGUGGGGUGGUCCGCCCAAGCAUGAUGCUCACCACCAGCGGCCCAACACUAACUUUGCCCCAUUCUUCUCUCACUGGGACUGGCUCGGGGGCACCCACACCGUGCCAACUCCCCUGAGCCACGCUGCCGUGGAGGAGCCAGACGAGAUGAAAGGGACAAAAGACUAA